UAUAAGUUUCCGGCGGUGGCGCUGAGCUCGAUCACGAAUCGCGUCACGGGCGUCGCGCUCACGGGAGCGAUGAGCGCGGGGGGGAUCAUAGCGCUCGUCGGAGGCGCGGAGGCGGUGCCGAUGACGAUGGAAAUGUUUAAAGCGAACGCGCCGCUGGCGGUGGUGCCGGUGAAGUUUGCGCUGAGUUUUCCGUUCGUGUUUCACACGCUCGGCGGGUUUCGACACUUGGUGUGGGACUCGACGACGAAGGGGAUCGAUAACGAAAGCGCGAACGCGAGCUCGUUGGCGAUAUUCGGGGUGAGCGCGGCGGCGAGC